CAGUGUCGCGAGAGUCCUCGUCGUAAGCUCGGAACGGCGUGUAAAGUUGACAGCGUACUUUUGCAGGGCAGAUUGGAUAGUCAGUUAAUUAUUCAGACUAUUCGUAGCAGAAUUGCGCGAACGCGGGUCUCCGAUACGGACUUUUGAUUUCUUCUGGCGGUGGUUUGUGGUGCUAAAAUUUUCGCUGUGGCAGAGCUCGCGCGCUUACGGACUUUGUGCUUCUUUGAAUACCCACUCAAAUUUGCAAGCCCCAGCUGCCGAUCGUUGCCAACGGUGACUAAUCCUGUGCCCCCUCUGUCGUGGAGGCUGAAUUCGCUCCCGUCGUACAACGACGACAUUAGUCGCAUCACCCAAGGAUGAAAUCUGAAUGGGCUGGACUGUAUUUUGUACUCUUGAUAAGCCUCCAGCUAUCGAGCACCGCAGGCACAUCUCGUUACAAGCAUUCUCGACGGCAUCGCGAUUACACCGCAGCUUCGACGGAAUCUCCGAUCGUCGUCGAUCGAGCUUCUCCCGCGGUUUCGCCGUCAUCUAGUCAGCCGGAUGAUCGUAGAAUCGUUUCGAGCAAGGGCAAAGGCCCUUGCCUUGGCAAGUAUUGCGGUGCUGGCAGAGAGUGCGAAAUAUCUCCGGACGGGGAAGUCGCCCUUUGUAUUUGCGUGAGACGGUGUUCCCGUCGGCACCGUCCGGUCUGCGGAAGCGACGGAAGGGUCUACGCAAACCACUGCGAACUACACCGUGCAGCGUGUAAUUCUGGUAUCCCGCUAAUCGCCAGUAGGCUCAUGCGAUGCCUACAUCGAGCAGACGAUCGCCCUCCGGACGCGCCGCGAGUUCUGCCUGUUGGAACCGCCGCGAAUCUGACUCUAAAACCGCCUGAUCAAAAAGAUACGGGGCAGAACGACGUCAAAGAGAAUACCAUAGACACGGAUAGUUAUUAUCUGGAGGAUUGCUCAGCGCAGGAAUACGAGAUUAUGAAGGAUAACCUGCUGUUAUUCAAUCACGCUAGACUCAUGGCUCAGGAUAACCACAGCAAGGAGUAUCUUGUCAGCAUAAUGUUUUCGCACUACGAUCAGAAUAACAAUGGGAAUUUGGAAAGAGAGGAGUUGGAGCAGAUUGCACAGCGCGAAGACCUGGAGCAGCUAAGCCGAGGUUGUUCACUGGGUCACAUGAUAAGUUACGACGACGCUGACAAGGAUGGACGUUUAAACAUCAACGAGUUUUACAUGGCAUUCAGCAAACUCUACAGUCAGUAUGAUCAAUGCGUAUCGGUAGUCUCCCUGGACAAGUCGCGAGAGGUGAAUCAUGUCUCUGUCAGGGUUGGCGACAACGUUGAAAUCAAAUGCGACGUUACUGGAACACCGCCACCGCCCCUUGUCUGGCGUAGGCACGAGGCCGACGUUGAAACCCUCGCCGAACAGGAGAUCCGAGUUUUCAACGACGGAAGCCUCUAUUUGAAACGAGUCCAGCUCGUCCACGCUGGUAACUACACUUGUCACGCCCUGAGGAACAAGGACGUAGUUCAGACGCACGUGGUGACGGUUCACACCGUCCCUGAAGUCCGCGUUACGCCACGACUCCAGUCGAAACGACCUGGUGAAGAGGCCACGAUGUGGUGUCACGUGGUAGGCGAGCCUCUGCCUCGCGUCGAGUGGCUCAAGAACGACGAACCCCUGCGCCUCAAAGAGGGCGACGACGAUGACGACGAAGCCGUCGGGGAUGACGAUGGCGACGAUGGUGAAGAUGACGAUAGUGGGAAGUACGAUGUCGUUGGUAAUGGGACCAGGCUUGUCGUUAGAAACGUUGGAUACGCCGACACCGGCGCCUACAUGUGCCAGGCUACGAGUGUGGGCGGGUUGACCAGGGAUAUAAGCAGUUUGGUGAUUCAGGAACAGCCCACACCGACCGCUGCAAGUGAGGAGCGGAGGUUUUUCUCCUUCCACGAAUGGGGUAUAUCAAUUUACGAGCCAUCCGCCUGCCGACUGUAUCAUCAAAUCAGGUCUUCGGAUAUUAUUCCUGGAACACAGGAGUACGUUUGUGGUGAAAAGAGCGUAAGUUGUUCCUGGGGAAGGGCGAUCAACGUGGCAAAUCGGUACGUGUACGUAACUCAGCCGGAGAAGGACCGCAUCUUGGUGAUCAGUAAAAUCCAGAUGGUGGUGGUCGACGUCGUCGCAACCGAUAAAUAUCCCGUCGAGCUGCACUACGUUCCAACACUUGACCAGGUCUGGCUACUGAAUUGGAGGAGCAUGCGGGACACCGGGAUAAAAACCGUUCAAGUGAUCCGGGACGCGGCUCAGAAGCGAAAACACCGGACCGUUCAUCCAGAACCAAUCGACGGCCAAUUCGACCUGGUCAAGGGUCUCUAUAUACCAGGGCACCAGGAAAUCGGUCAUACCUACAAAUAUGGAUACGUGACCCACACGAAUCAACGAGGGAUGUACAAGCUGGAUCUGGCGAAUAUGCGAUACACAAGGAGCGUGGAUUUGGCACCGUACAGCUGCGUCCCGACGAACAUUCAAUUUCCCGCUCUAUACGGAUUCGUUAUUCUUCAAUGCGAAGAGCCAGUUACCGGGAGAGCGACGGGGCAGCUUCUUCUCGAUUAUAUCACGGAUGCUGUGCUCGCGCACAAGCCUGGACUCGUUGGAAGGCCUCUGAUAUCCCCGGACUCUCGUCAUCUGGUCACCCUCGAUAGACAAGAGAGCGGAGUCAUCCUCGUAGUACAGGAAAUAUUGCCGAGCGGUUUGAAAUUUUCGUUCGACGUCAAGACAUCUCUCAACAUAAGCGACAUCACUUUUUAUCCAUCGCAAACAACCCACGGAUGCGAUCUGUACGCUUCAUCGACGGACAAAGAGGAUAUUCUGUUUUUGAAUUUAGCCACAGGAAAAGUUGAGAUGAUCACAGGCGUAGGAAAAGCAAUGCCGACAAUUCUUGCAAAAUGGGGAAAUCCGAACAGACCUAUCGUGGAUAGCGGAGUAUUUGGUCGAUACAUGGUGAGCCCCUCGAGCGAAGCCCUGUUCGUAAUAAACGGAGAGACGCGGACGGUAAAUUGUGAAAUCGGCGGGCUGGUACGACCGAGUGCCGUGGUUUGGCUGACGGUUCCGAAUCAUUAGAUAUUAACAGAGGCUGAUCCCCAUCCCUCUCGUUCCUUUCGUCUCAACUUAGUUUUAGAAGGGAAAAAUAUCGUCAACGGUAACGAUGAUGUGAAUUGCCGUGCCGACUCAAUUUCACCUUUGUGUGUUACGCAUCUUCGGUUAGUUAGUAAAUAAUAUGAGUGAGUGUAACGUGGUAAGAGCGAGGAAUUUGAUUCCUUGCCGAAAACAAGAAAUUCCUUUUUAAACGGUAUUACGAUAAAUGUAGCGAAGGAUAAUUGUACGUUUAACACCUCUCCCCCCUUGCCAUUUCCCAUCCUUUUCCACAAAAUCAACACAUUUUAAUCACCGUACCACCACGACACACGCGAGCACUUUAAAACUUCAAUAUAUGAUAUAUAUAUCAUUUUCAUAUAAUAAUUGGUAAGAUACACACCGUACACAAUAACUAGUGAUAAAGUAAUAGAUUAUUAUUAUUAUAUAUAUAUAUAUAUAUUAUUGAAAUGUUUGAAUAUAGCAUUUUUAUGGAGUACUCGCCUGUUCGCGGCGUGUGUAAUUUAAAAAAUAUAUAGUGGUUAGAUGAGACUAAUCUCAACGUUUGACGAUAAAUACAAAAAAAAAAAAAGAAAAAGAAAAUUGUGAAAAAAAAUGUUAUUUUGUAUCGAAAUAAUAUAAAGUGAAAAGAAAAGUUUGUAAU